AUGCUUUUAUUCCUGCUUGCCCAUAUCCUUCAAACUUGCUUGCAUGAAUCUAUUCAUGCUAAUGUCUCCAAACAAUUCGAGAAUGUACAACAUAAGAGAUCAAUUAAAUCGACAACAUGGGCAAAUAUUCGCAUUAAAUUUGAUUACAGGUAUAUGGAUGGGACAAUUAAUGAUGGAUUGACAUGUACUACAGUUAAUCAAAUUAUCACAUGGCAAAGUAAAAGUUAUGCAUGCAAACCCGCGGAUGUUUUAAAUUAUUCCCAAAUUAGAGUUGCAAAGAUGACAAUGGAGAAUGUUCGACAGUAUCUUCAAAAGUUAUUGAAAGUCAUUCCAUUGGCGAGUCCAAUAAAUGUUCAAAACUAUGAUAGAUGGACAAAUUAUAGAUUACCAUACAGUAUAUCCAAUAUUGAUCUAUACAUGGCAAUUGUUUCAAGGCCAUAUGAUGAUUUAAGUUAUAUUAUGGCGACAGCUGGAUCAAAUAUUUAUGAAUCUACCUUUUAUAGACCAAUCCAAGGGGCAGUUUUCUUGAAUCCAAGGUGGAUUCCGAGUUCUCCUCAAAAUGAAGACUCUAAGAAUAAUAAAUUUUUCUUUGUUAUUGUUCAUGAGAUUUUCCAUGCGUUAGGAAUUGCUGCUAAUAUGUUUCCACUAUAUCAUCCAUAUGAAAUUUCAACACCUUAUUCAUCAACAUUCUGCUGGUUAAAAAAAUCUGGAAAGGUUAUGAAAUUCAUUACAACACCAUAUGCUCAUAACUUUGCAACAAAGCAAUUUGGGACAAAAACAUUUGUUGGCGAUAACGGGACAUGUCCAUCCGGUAUUGAAAUCGAAAAUACUGAACUUGGAAGUCAUUUACCAGGAAGAGUAUAUAUGACAGAUCUAAUGACAAGUAUUAAUAUUCAGACUGAUGCAGGCCCAUUUACAAGACUUACUGAUGCAUCAAUGGCAUUAUUGCAAGAUACAGGAAAUUACAAGGUAACAUGGACUAUGGGUCAGCCAUUAGUUUGGGGACAUCCAGAAUCAAUUGAUGGAAAUCCUAUUAAAGAUUUUGCAAUCGGACCUCCUCAAAAAACUUUUCCAUCAAAUUAUCAAUUUGAUUUUGGAGCUCAUCAUAAGUCUUAUACUGGAUUUGAUUACAAGUUUUAUGGGCCAUCUAAAACAGGUGCUUCAUGGAAUUGUGCAGAUUUAUCACAUCUUCAAUAUCAAAAUGUUAAAGAUUAUUGUGCAGGAAAGUUAUUUUAUAAUCCCAAUAAUCAAGAGAGUAUUGGAACCAAUCAAGAAUUUGAUUACAUUCCUUUCUUCUUUCCAAAUCAUGUUUGCGGUAGGGGAGAAGCUGUCAUUCCAAAUACAUUGAAUGAUUUGAAUAUUCUUUCUGGGGAAUAUAAAUGUAAUGGAAAUUCAAGUUUCACAAUCAAAAUACCAACUAAUACAAAUGGCAGAGGAAAAACAACAGUAAAAUGCGACUCAUCAAAUGUUGGAAUGAUAACUACAGGUAAGAUUUUAACCACAGAUUCCUAUAUUCAAUGGAAAUAUUGGUGUCCACCUCCUGAAAGAUUUUGUAGAUCAGUGGCAUUGCAUGAAAUGAAUUUCAAGAAUAAUCCUUUCCUUAGUUAUACCAAACAAUUAGAAGAUGUUCCUAAUCCAAUAAAACCUAAUAGAACAAAACUUCAGACAGCCACUCCAAUGGUUCGAUUAAAAACGGGAGUCAAUAUCCCAUUUUUGUAA